AUGGCUCUGGUAGCGAGCUCCUGGCGCGAGUCCUCGCUGGUCAACCCCGUGAACGGACUCAACCCCGUGCCGAACGGCAGCCUCGCGAACCUGAACCCGCUGACCCUGGAAGGUGCCGAGGGGUCGCUCCUCAGCAGACAAACGCCAUCGCAGAACUCACAAAACAGCGCCAACAGUGUCGAUAAGAACCAGAACAUCGAGUGUGUCGUGUGCGGGGACAAAAGUUCCGGGAAGCACUACGGACAGUUCACGUGCGAAGCCAAUCGUUACCAAGGGGCGGAUCCAGAUCCAUAG